CUCUCUCUCUCUAAAAGUUUCAAAGGAAAACGUUCUCUCUCUCUCUCUCUCCCCUGUUUCCAUGGAUUCUGGUCGUGUUGUGGUUGUCUUCUUCUUCCUUCUCUCCUUUCUCUGCUUCGCUUUCUCCCCUGUUUCGUCUCGAAAGGUCUCGCUGGCACUCUAUUACGAGACUCUGUGCCCUUACUGCUCCGAUUUCAUCACCAACAACCUCGUGAAGAUCUUCGACAACGGGCUGAUCUCCAUCGUCGAUCUCGAUCUCGUCCCCUACGGCAAUGCCAGGCUUGGAUCCAACAACUCCAUCAUAUGCCAGCAUGGCCCGAACGAAUGCCAACUGAAUAAUAUUGAAGCAUGUGCUAUCAGUGCAUGGCCUGAUGUGCAAGAACAUUUCAAUUUCAUCCACUGUAUUGAGCAUCUGGUCAUGGAGCUUAGAUACGACGAGUGGAAAUCUUGUUCCCAACAAACUGGUUUGGAUUCAACAUCUGUCUUGGACUGCUACAAUAGUGGAUACGGGGAAAAGCUUGAACUACAGUAUGCAGCACAGACAGAUGCUCUUCAGCCCUCUCAUACAUAUGUCCCUUGGGUGGUAGUUGAUGCAAAGCCACUUUAUGAUGAUUAUCGGAACUUUGAAAAAUACAUCUGUCAAGCUUAUGAUGGUGAGCCUCCAAAGGCUUGUGAAGGACAAGCUCUUACAAUUUCCCAGGAGACUAACGCCAACCAAGGAGAUCAGGGACUGGCAAGCCAUGCUAAGGUAUCUAGUCAAGCAUCUUGCAGACACGACAAUAUUGUUAUUGGUAAAAACAUCAUUCCUAUUUUUUCUUUUUCUUAUGAAAAAUGAGGUCCUCUAUAUAGGAAGUAGCAGCUCUGUAUGGUUAAACCACCAACUAUAAAAUGUUUAUUUAAAAAGAGGGACAAAAAAUGUAACAAUAACUUUCCACCUUUGUGUCCUUUAGCAAUGCUAUUAGGGCACCUUGUAUGUUUAUUCAAAAAUGAAGAAAAGAGCUUUCCACCUUCAUGCA